CAUCGUCACUCAGUUUUAAAACAUUUAAUUUUCCUGCUCAAGGCAAAAACAAGUCUCGUAUGCACGUGAAAUAACAUGUUAAAAUAUAAAACCUUUUAGGAGCCUACAUGUGUAUUUUCUCCUCUCCCAAAAUAGCAUUUAUUAAUUUAACUUCCCACCAAAUAUCAAUCAAUAUAAUCUACCUAUCUUCUCUAAAUUAAUAUAAUUAGCCUAGCUAGCUAAUGAUCUUGUUAACAUACAAAGUGCAGUUCAUCAGUUCUCCAUCAUGCAUAGUUCAUCACCUCCAUCACUUCAAACCUUGUUACAAACUGCACUUCUCUCUGUUCAGUGGACUUACAGUCUCUUCUGGCAACUUUGCCCUCAACAAAGGGUGUUGGUGUGGAGAGAUGGGUACUACAACGGAUCAAUAAAGACGAGGAAGACGGUGCUGGCCGCCGCCGCCGACUCCACGGAAGUAAGUGCCGCCGAUGACGCGUCGCUCCACAGAAGCGGUUUGAUUCGGGAGCUUUACGAAUCUCUCUCGGCAGCCGCCGGUGAGUAUUCCAACGGCGGCCAGCAGGUGGUGCCGGCGGUGGUGCGGCGUCCCUCGGCUGCAUUGUCGCCGGAGGACUUGACGGAGUCGGAGUGGUUCUACCUCAUGUGCAUGUCCUUCUCUUUCCCACCUGGUUAUGGAUUACCAGGGAAGGCAUAUGCAAUGCAGCAACAUAUAUGGCUCACAGGUGCAAAUGAAGUCCAUAGCAAUGUUUUUUCCAGAGCAAUUCUAGCCAAGAUCCGCUUCGGCUAUCACAUCUCCACCGAGAUCACGAGGACAAACGUGUUGGCAGCCCUCUCCUUAAGCUCUGGUUCAUCUCCUGGUUGUCACGAUCUGUUUGGCGUUGAAGAUCUCCUCCUUCAUGUAGAUCGUAACCUUCUUCACGCAAGGGAAGCUCCGGGACGCGACGGGAACGCUCUACAUCAGCAAGCCCCUCCGGUGCAGGAAAUUGCGCAACAAGACAAUAUGCGCUACUUCGAAACAACAAUCUCAACCAUCCUCGGACGGCAUCAACCACCGGAAAUCUCAACCACCACGGCCAGGGGGGUCUUCACCGUCAUUUCAGCCACCUCCGCAUUCUCAAAGUGGCGCCCGCGCUCGAUCCCCACCUCCGUCCAUUUCGAGUGCCGAUCCAUCCAAUGGUCACUCAAAUACAUCCUUCUCACCGUUCCGCUGCUGCAUGCAAAGAACUCAUCAAACCGGGCAGGGCCACCCGAGAUCUGCGGACCAUCCGCGGCCCAAGAAGAGCCCAAUGCCAACCACGUCCUCGCGGAGCGACGCCGGAGAGAGAAGCUCAACGAGCGGUUCGUCGUCCUCCGGUCCCUCGUGCCUUUCGUCACGAAGACGGACAAAGCCUCUGUCCUCGGAGACACCAUCAACUACGUCAAACACCUGCACGAGAGAGUGCAGGAGCUGGAGUCGAUGGCGGAAAAUGUCCGCUCUGGAGUUGACCGCCGCUCAAUCCCGUCUGCCCGGACAAGCGGGGUCCACUACAAUAGGAUUGACCAGCGGUCAAUCCAUCAUGCCCAUAUAAGUGGGGUCCUCCGCUUUGGGAUUGGCAGUCAGCCAAUCCCAGAAAAAGAUGGGGCCCACGUUGGGAUUGAUAGACUAUCAAUCCCAUGUGUCCAGAGAGGUGGGGUCCACAAGAUCGAGACCGGGCGUGGGGAUGAUGCGGGGAUGAGGGCAGGGGCGGUGGAGGUUUCUAUAAUCGAGAGGGAUGGGCUGGUGGAGUUGAGGUGCAGCUACAGGAAGGGUUUACUACUGGAGGUGAUGAAGAUACUUGGGGAGCUUGGGCUUGAGAUCACGGCCGUCCAAUCUUCUAUCAAUGGUAGGAUCCUUUUUGCAGAAUUGAGAGCUAAGAUAAAAGAGAAUUCAAGAGGCGGGAGGGCAAGUAUUAUGGAAGUGAAGAAAGCAAUAAAUCGUAUAAUUCCUCGUCAAUCUUAGCUAUGAAACAUUCUAUAUCAUAUGCUUGUGGGAGUAUUUUGAUGAAUCUCAAUAAAUUUGUUUACUCAAU